GAUUUCUUAAGUGCGACAUGAAGCCAGAACAGGAUGUAAAGAUGCCUAAGGAAUUCUAAGAAAUAGCUCUCUAGGCCUGGACCUGAGAUGCGGUAAUAUGGCCAAGCACACCCAGAAGGUCGGCAUCAUCGGUAAAUAUAGCACCCGCCAUGGUGCUUUCACUCGGGAAGAUGGUGAAAAAAAAAAUGGAACUCAGCAUCGCAAGUGCACCUGCUCCUUCCGUGGCAAGACCAAGAAGCAGAGGCGAGCUGUGGGUCUCUGGCACUGUGGUUCCUGCAUGAAAACAGUGGCUCGUGGUGUCCAGACCUACAACACCGAUUCUGCCAUCACAGUCAGGUCUGCCAUCAGAAGACUGAAGGAAUUAAAAAGACCAGUAGAAGCGCUGCCAUCUGAGAUAUCCCUACCCUACAAUAAGUGGGUCAAUUUAUAUAACAACAAAAAAAGAAAUUCUGAGAAACAACUUCUGCUUCCGCCCAUGGUAGGAUAA